CUUCCCUUCCCUUCCUUCCUUUCUCGUGCCUCAUUUUUUUGCGACUCCCUCUGCCUUGAGUUCAGCUACCCCAUAACCCGUUCUCUAUCGUCACCGCUCUCACCAUGCCCGCCAAUUCUUGUUGAGCAUUUGCUCGACUCGACGUAUCCCUCCAUUCUGCGCCGCGGUCUCAAAAAGUCCUUGCCUCCUAACCCCAAAAAUUCGCACUGACAUUGUCUCUCCCCCCCUGGUACCAGUGCUUACCUUGUCUUGAUUGCGCCCGGAAAUCUGAAAUCUGAGAUCGGAUCACCAACCUGCACGUCAUCCCGCUUGUCCUUUUUAUUUUUCAAUAGAGAACGGCAGAGGUUAUUCGGAAGACAUUGUUCGCCAUGGAGCAAGAGCAUCCUUUGUCAUGGUCAGACAUGACCAACGCUGGAGAUGAUGAAUUCUCCAACUUCCUCGAGUUCGGCAUGCAGUUCCCUGAUGUGGAGGGGCAUGGUUCAAGCGACCCUCAUGCUUCUAGACCUCUCGCCCAUGCCGCGUCGAUGUCGAUGCCCGCUUCAACGGUCCCCGCACAAGAACAAUUGGUCCGCAUGGAUACCGAUAGUGUUACCGCACAGUCACCGUCGUACAAUCACAUCAUCAACAACGAUUUCUCCCUCGACCUUUCCAACCCUGGCCAGCAGGGUCAGCCACAUGGCCCGGCAUACUCUAACGCCCCUGUCACCCCGGCAUUUUAUGCGCACAAGCCUCCGCAGCCCCAGUUCUUCCACCCUCAGCAGCAGGAACAUACACAACAACUUUCCAAUCACUCGCAUGCAACGACGCAACCCUAUGCUCCCCAUGGCCAGACAGUCAUACCUCCCACCCCCAAUAGCAUCGAACUCCAGGGCAAUGCUGCGACGUAUCCGCAACGGGUGGACGAUAGCCAUGAUGUAUACGAGCGGUUUACUCGUAUGAAUGAUGAACAGGCCCUCUAUACCCCCCUGGUAUCCCCUGCCAUGACCCCGUUGGAAAGCCAAUUUCGUUUCCCCGAAUAUACUAUCCCCGGGGAAUACUUUACACCUCUUACAUCGCCAGCGCUCGAAGCCCACACCUCCAACCCAACCGGCUAUCCCUUCCAUUCCGGCCAGAUCUCUGAGAUGAGCUUUAUGCCAUCGCCCGCGGAUAAUGCGCUGCCCAUGUCUUCAGCACCCUCCUCACCAGGGCUAAUGCGCAAACAUCGACGGCACCCAUCGAACACCAAGUCUUUCUCUGCUCGGGCGAAAAAGCAACAGUCGCCUUCGGUGCGGCCUCAGACGCGAAAGAAGUCACUUUUACAUAUCAACUCGGACGAAGUCUUGAAUAGUCUCAGUCAGGAUCAGGGAAGCUGCAAGUCUCGCAGUUCUGGUGGCAGCGGGCUCCGCUACGGGAGUAACGAGAGUUCCGGUCAAGAUUCCGUCUCCCCAGAACCUCUCUCCGAACCCUUGAUGCCUCCACCCGCGCUUCCUCCGUCGCGAAAGUCUCCCUCGAUCGGUCCCCAGGUAGCACAAGGGCCGCAGCCUAGUGAGCCCGCGACUCCGGCUUUACUGAUGCGCAUCCAAAGGUCGCCACACAGCCCCAUAUCUGCUGCCACCAUAUCGACUACAACCAGGACCCUCUCAUCGGAGCCCCACGACGAUGUCAUGGAGGAUGUUAUACUUCCAGAAGCAGUCGCCUCUUUUGGACAAACCUCAAGGCCACAAGUGGCUCGCAUUGACACCACGGUUUGGGCAGAUUCGGUUUCCUCGGCCACACCAGCCAGUUCCACCCCUGCUCUGGAACCCAAGUCGGCUCACCGUAAUUCAAGCUCUCUGGCGCCGAGCCCUCGCACUAUAGCCAUGCCGUCACCUAGCGGGCCGAUACCAAAAAAGUCAGAUACUCCCAAGCUAGGCCCUAUGAACAGAAAGCGACAGAGUCUCAGCUCGUCUCAGCCUAGCCCUAAUCUCCGCCCCAAGAUAAGCCCUAGUAUACAACCGCUCGUGCGUGGAGACGGGUUUGCAAGCGAAACGUCCGCUCUAUACCUCGCCUCAAAGUCCAAUUAUCAGCACAUACUAGACGGCACUCUUCUUCCUGGUGUCUCUUAUCCCGAGACUUUGGCCGAGAACCUGAGUUCGAAGAGGACAAACCACAAGCUUGCCGAGCAAGGGCGGAGAAACCGCAUCAACAACGCACUCAAAGAGAUUGAGACGCUCAUCCCGGCCCCGUUUGUUCAAAUGAAGAAUGCCAAGGAAGCUGCGGCCUGUAAUGCCAAGGGAGGCGAGAAGGAAAAAGACAAAGCUGGUAACCAACCCAUCAGCAAGGCGAGCACUGUUGAGAUGGCAAUUGAUUACAUCAAAUCCUUGAAGCAGGAGUUGGAAGCAACCCAGGCAAAAUUAGCUGCAGCGGAGGAGCGGCUGGGGGAGAAGAGUGACCUCGAAAAACGCGAUGAUAAGUUAUCGAACCCUGAGAACGGGCAACCGACAAACCUUGUCGAGGCAGAACCGACGACCGCUGGUUUCGAUAAGAACAACUCGACAUAGCUCUACGAUUGAAAUCUCGUAGUUGAGUGGCUAUCGAAUAUGGUUAUUUGCUGCCUCGAUCCAUCACUGUCAUGUGAUAUGUGUUAUGAGCUUGAAUUUCGGCAAAAGUAUAGACGGCGGAGGAAAUCGGGAAACAGCAUACUCUACGCGUAUCCUGAUGAUUUUUAUUUCGAUAUUUAUGAUCGGAGAUCUUUCAAGAUGUUAAUACGGGAGGGUGGCUCUUGUCUUUCAUACGGAUGUCGGGGUUUCUGAUUCCAGGCGCUUGCGGCUUUUUCCUCUUUUACUUCCCCCAUAUAAUUACGAUCAUUUGCUUUACCUUUUUACUUUCGUGUACAUGGCUCUUCAUCGCAAUUUCCUCUAGCGGCCUGUCAGCUCACACCGGUGCGCAUCCUGCUAUGGAAAGGGAUACCUUCUCCUUUUGAAGGGACUCUCCUGUUUUUCUACCCCGUAUUCAAACGUCUAGUUCUCGUUAUGAUCGUCAAUUGAAUUU